UUCAAUGGAGAGGUAGACUAUGUAAUCUAUCCCACGUGGUUUUAAGUUUACUAUACAUUAGAUGCCACCGUCUAAAUAACUUUUUUUGGAAGUUGAUACCCUUUAACGAUUUGAACAUGGAGGAAAAAUCUAAAGAGGAACAACAGAACGGUGGUAAUUCAAUAGACGCUCCACCGCCAUACAGUAUGGGCACGUCUGCUGGAAACUCUAAAACUCCCCCAAUGGGAACGAAGACUAUUCUCAAAAAUGUUCUUGUCGUCAGUGUUGGAUUUAUGUUCCUAUUUACUUCAUUCCAGUCCCUAUCAAAUCUACAAAGUACAUUAAACAAAGAGGAAGGACUUGGAACAGGUGGAUUGUCUAUAGUAUAUGGCGCCCUUGUUGUAUCAUGCAUGCUAUUCCCAUCUUUUGUUAUCGCGCAUCUUGGAUGUAAAUGGACUGUGGCAUUAUCAAUGUUAUGUUAUAUUGUCUAUAUGGCAUUUAACUUUUAUGCCGUAUGGGGAACCAUCAUACCAGCUUCAAUAAUUGUUGGAUUAGGCGCAGCCACAUUAUGGUCCGCUAAGUGUGCAUAUCUUACGCAAAUUGCUGUGUGGUAUGCUAAAUUGACAGGCGCAACGGAAGAUGACGUCAUUAAUAGAUUCUUCGGUUUCUUCUUCAUGAUAUUUCAAACAAGUCAGAUUUGGGGUAAUUUGAUCUCAUCCACCGUGUUUGCUGUAACGCCAGGGAAUACCACAGAAGAUUUAGAGUUAUGUGGGGCAAAUUUUGAUCCCACUGCUCCAGCAGCAAAUAAUUCUAACUUGGAUAGACCAGAUGAUACAAAGGUAUACACACUGUGUGGUAUUUAUGUUGGCUGUGCUGUAAUGGCGUUUAUUAUUAUUGCAACACUACUUGACAAGAUUACUCUGGAUAAAAAGCAACAAGGAGGAGAUGGCAAAAUAUCACCUGAAUUAUUCCUGUCAACAUUUAAGCAUUGGUGGGGUUCAACGCCACAGAAGCUCCUAACAUUCUUAACCAUCUACAGUGGUAUAGAACAAGCAUUUAUAACAGGCGAUUACACUAAGUCUUACAUUAGUUGUGCAAUUGGGAUCUGGAACGUUGGUUAUGUUAUGAUAUGUUAUGGUGUAGUGGAUGCUAUUUGUUCAUUCGCUUUUGGUAGACUGGUUCAAUUUGUGGGUCAUGCACCUUUUUUCCUGCUUGCAUUUUUAUUGCAUGGUGGAACACAAAUAGCUUUGUUUCUGUGGCAACCAAAUCCAGACAACGAGAUCCUGUUUUACGUAUUUGCAGCAAUGUGGGGAAUGGGAGAUGCAGUUAUUCAAACACAAAUUAAUGCCUUGUACGGGUAUCUCUUCACAAAUAAUACGGAAGCAGCAUUCUCGAACUACAGAUUGUGGGAAUCGUUAGGGUUCAUUAUGGCUUUUGCAUGGAGUGGAUUUUUGGUUACAAAAGUCAAACUGGGCCUUUGUUUUGGAUUCCUUACAGUUGGAAUGAUCUUUUAUACAAUAACAGAAAUUCUGGAGCGUCGCAAAAAGAAAGGUGAUUUCCAUCUAAAUGAAAACCAGAAGACACCUUUGUAAUCAUUUCACGGUAUAAUUGGUAUAUUGUUUGUAAUAUUGUUGAUCUGUAAAUAACUGAUGUGGUGCUAUUUAUUUUGAUUUUAUUAUUUUUAAAAACAGAUUGAUAGUCAUUCAACUUGCAUUUGUCACCAGAACUUUACUGUUUAUAUAUAUUAUGUAAAUGUGUGUAAAUGUAUUGGUAAUUAUUUAAUGUGAAUGUAUACCAUAUGUGCAUUUAAUUCAAAUGUCAUUGGUUGAUUUGUUUAGGACGAUGACAAUGUCAAAGAGAGGUUUAACAUCAUAGUUUUAGUAUUAAGUGAAAAGAAAUUCCAAUAAAUGUCGAUUAUGAUCUUCACAUUACUAAUGUCAACGAAAGAAUGUAAAGGUUGUAUAAAAAAAAUUGAGUAUC